UUUCUUCUUUUGCAGUUAGACGACGGCCCCAAAUUGACCUUGAGGAGUUUGCUUUCAUUGAGAAAAUCCUCUCAAAGACCAAGCCGGAGGAAAGGACUUGGGCGAAGCUGGUAACACUAAAUACCAUUCACUGGUAUUGCGACGGACCGGAACCUACAGCGGCUGCCGUCAAGUACGAAACACAGAUAAGGAGACAGAUGGACGAUGCUAAGAGAAGAGCCUUGAUUCGGUCAAAGGCUGCAAAGAAGACUGCUGACGACACUCCCCCUGCGACGGGCUCAAGCAAUCCGUCUGCUAAGCGGAAGACUCAGCCCAAAGCGGACCGUCAGGCCAAGAAGGCCAAAGUGUCUUUAGAUCCCGUCGUGGGACUCAUGGCGGAGCCUCCGAAGACGGUCACUCCAACCAAGCACGGGGUUGGCAAGGGUUUGAUGAAAGGCCCGUCGAAGGUUGACGAGAAGCCGCCCGUCCUUCUUCGAGAGGAUUCUAAGCAUGCCUUAGAACAGAUUUCCUCCAUCAUCUCGGCGGAGGAUUAUGAAGACUUAGGCAACCACUCGACGGAGGCCAUGGGGGAGACGGGCCUGUUUGCCAUUACACAGGUAAGAUAGUCCGUCUACUACUCAAAUACAACUUAAAUCAUCUGUCGAAAGUUUGUUUUAUAACUGUGUUGUUAUUUUUCAGGCAAUGGUCAUGAUGAAGGGGCUGAUGGGACGGUGCCUCAGCCAAGAGACGGCCUUGGAUCGUGUACGGGCCAAGGCGGAGAAGACGGAGGAAGAACUCCUCCAACUGCGAAACUGGAGACCCAAAAUAGAGAAAAAGCUUGAGCUGUCGGAGAAGGCAAGGAAGAGCCUUGAACAGACGACGGAGGAGGCAAAGAA